UUUGCUGCUGGUUCGGAUCCGGCUGCAGGCUCAGGCCGCCUCCUGAGGCUGAGAUCGGUUCGGCUGAGAUCCAGCCGGUUCGGAGGACAGCGGCCGGUUCGGAGGACAGCGGCCGGUUCGGAGGACAGCGGCCGGUUCGCGGUGACUCCUCCUCUAAGCCUCUUACUGUAAUCACGCUCCUGCUGAGGCUGCAGGACCCGGUUCCUGCCCCUCGCAGCUGCUCAGAACCGGCCCGGUUCGGUCCAGGAUGCCGUGCGGAGACGCCGUGGCCGUGUGGGACGUGGCUCUGAGCGACGGCGUGUACCGGGUCGAGUUCGCUCACGGAACCACCACGGGGAAACGGGUCGUCUACGUGAACGGGACGGAAGUGAUCCGGAAGGACUGGAUGUUCAAGCUGGUGGGGACGGAGUCGUUCCGUCUGGGCGCCGCCGGCAAGGCCGCCGUCCACAUCCAGGCCGUCGGCGGCUUCGCCUACCAAUACUCGCUGGACGUCGGCGGGAAGAGCCUGCAGAAGUUCAUCGACCACAGAGCCAAGACCACCAAGACCUGGGUGGUCCAGGUGGACGGGAAGGACUGCCGGGUCGUCCUGGAGAAGGACACCAUGGACGUUUGGUGCAACGGGCAGAAAGUGGAGACAACGGGACAGUUUGUGGACGACGGCACUGAGACCCGCUUCACCCUGGGGGGUCACAGCUGCUGCAUCAAGGCCACCGGCGGCGCCAAGAAGAACGGCGUCCAACACAGCCUGCUGCUGGGCCCACCUGCAGAGCCGGACCAGAACCAGGACCAGUAGAGAUGGACCAGAACCAGGACCAGGACCAGUAGAGAUGGACCAGAACCAGAACUAGAACCAGUAGAGAUGGACCAGAACCAGAACCAGGACCAGUAGAGAUGGACCAGAACCAGGACCAGUAGAGAUGGACCAGAACCAGAACCAGGACCAGUAGAGAUGGACCAGAACCAGGACCAGUAGAGAUGGACCAGAACCAGAACCAGGACCAGUAGAGAUGGACCAGAACCAGAACUAGAACCAGUAGAGAUGGACCAGAACCAGAACCAGUAGAGAUGGACCAGAACCAGAACCAGUAGAGAUGGACCAGAACCAGAACCAGUAGAGAUGGACCAGAACCAGAACUAGAACCAGAACCAGGACCAGUAGAGAUGGACCAGAACCAGAACUAGAACCAGUAGAGAUGGACCAG